AUGAACUCAACCAAUACGACCAGGUAAAAUCAUCACACAUAAUCCUCAGCUAUAUAUGUCUUUAUAGGUGUUUUUGUGAUUAUUGUUCUAUUGGUAAUUGCCAUCAUCAUGCUCAUCCAAAGAGAGAAUAGGAGAUUACAUUAGAGAGUGCGUUAUUCUGAAAUGACACAAACAAAAAAAGAAAGCAACGCCACUCUAGAUGGCUAAUCAAUUGAAAUCUCGCAAUCAGAACAGCAACCUAGUCAUCCUGAUAAAUUGGUGACAUUUGCACAGUGA